AUGGAGGGACUCAGGGAUCGACCAAAUAAAACAUGGCGACGUAGCGUACUAGAGGAGGCUGAAAGGAAGGAAGGAAUUGGGAAGAGUGGCUACUGGCUGGUGCCAGCCAACACGACUGUCAGGAACGAGCAGAUCUACUCUGUGGGCGGGAACUUUUGUGACACCAGGGCCAACGUCACGCUUCAGCCAAACGGUGACCUGACACCUUGUGACAAAUACGCCUGUGUUGGUCACAGCAUUAACGUAGGAAACAACACAGACAGUACGAGUCUACCUCGUUAUAAAUCGUGUAAAGACAUCACAGACAAGACCAGCCCGAGGAUGUUGAUCCGACUGCGCAACGGUCUGGUCGUCAUGUGUGACACGGAGAGUGACGGGGGCGGCUGGAUUAUCUUCCAACGUCGUAUCACAGGAGCUCUUGAUUUCUUUCGCAAAUGGGCCGAGUACAAGAACGGGUUUGGGGAUUACGAACUGGGCGAGUUUUACCUCGGUAAUGAAAACAUCCACUGCCUGACCAACGUCACAAGAUACGACAUGAGAGUGGACGUCAGAUUGAAUGGGCAAAACUACACCUUCAACUUUACCGACCUUAAUGUUGCAGACGAAUCGAACUUCUACACACUGAGAUUUUCAUCAGCAAGCUCAUAUAUGUACGCACAACACAACAACUCGAAAUUUAGCACCUACGAUCGGGACUAUGACCCCUUUAUAAACGGGAACUGCGCCAUCAUGUGUCAAGGGGCUGGCUGGUACUGUACCUGUCCAGCCUGCUAUUACCUCAACAUGAACGGAGUUUGGAACGCAACGUCUUACCCUGGGAUGUUUGCUAGGUCCCUCUCCAACGUAACCAACGUCGACUUUGUGGAGAUGAAAAUAAGAGAAAAUUAA